AUGAGCAGCUACGGCUCGAUUCCUCAAGUGGGCGUCGACGACAAGCCAGAUCUCGAGCAGGAAGACGAUCGGCACACGAUGAGCCUUGCUGACCGUCUGUACGCGUACGACCUGACAUGGUCCACUAAGCUAUACCACCGCUUCGGACGCGACCCGACGCCGCGUCUGUGCUGGGAGAUUUUCUCGCACUCGGGAGAUGGCUUCCUCUGGAUCCUGACGAUUCCGCCGCUCAUGGGGCUGCUUUGGGUGGCCGGUCUCAUCGGCCCCUUCGAGCCGGCCACCAAGAUGCUGCUGUCGGCGCUCUUCACGGUCAUGACAGUGGACAUUAUUGCCAUUAUGGUGCUUAAAUUCAUCUUCCAUCGUCAACGACCGCCCUUCCACCAGGCAGACAUGCGCUUCGUAGGUCCGGACGAGCACUCGUUCCCGUCCGGCCACUCCACGCGCGUGUGGGCCAUGGUAGCCAUGCUCGUUUACAUCGCUGAAACGCACCCGUGGAUCCUGCGUGCGUUCUUCUAUGGCUUGUCGCCGGCGGUGCUGGUCGCAGUCUCGAUCGUCUGGGCGCUGAUCAUCAACUUCUCGCGCGUGGCGCUCGGCCGGCACUACCCGACCGACGUGCUGGCCGGCACUCUCAUCGGCUUCUUCGUUUUCUGGCCCAUCUCCCUCUUUUUCAUCAACCACUACGACAUGCUAGACGCGCCCCCGGCGUACUGAGCUCGCAGCUGCAAACGGCUAGAGACCGUGGCCAGGAGCGUUGUCUUCAUCAGGUUAGGUAGCUAGAAUAAUUCUAUACUACAGAUUGUAUGUAUCCA